UAUCAGUUCGACCAGGAGGGCCUGAUGGACAAGUUCGAGGGCUGGGACUGGUCCCAUCCCAGCUCAGUGGCGUGAGGUCAAGCUCUUGUUUGGAAAGCAUGUCGGACAGCCAUCCAGCGGUGAUGCACUGCAGAAGAUGUAUACAACAAUGUUAGAGCCCACGACCAUCACAUCGAAAAAGAAGCUUCACCUCGCCCGCCAAACGAUGCUGAGUGUGAUGGAGGACAUGGGUGUACACGCGGAUGAAGUUGAUGCUGUUGGGCACUGGGAGGGAAACACACAGCACAAAACCUAUGCGGCAAAGAUUCCGAAAUCUGCUGUCUGUGCUCUCGCUGGCUUCUACAUGGGAGAACAGUAUUGUGUUCCAUGGGUCUCGACACAGGUGCCUGCAGAGCUGCAGAUGCAGAUUUUUCCGUUUGUCGAGGAUGCUCUUGCCAACCUCCACCAGGCACCUAAUCUGAACUAUGGCACCGUGAAUUUUCUGGAGUUGUUGCAGCUUCUGCGUCCCUAUUUUUGGCGUGUAAGUGGGGAAUAUCCACCUGUGAAAACUUUGAUUCUGACGGAGUCGCACGGCACACAUCACACAGGCAAUCGCUGCCGUUCAUCAAGCAUUCCCUGGCUCUGCACUUCUGAAACGGCUGAAGGUCCUUCAGUCUGGCAGUGCCCAAGGCAUUUUCGGCAAUGGCCCAAGGAAAGGGAAGCUCUUGAGGUGAUGGCGCAGUCAGACCUUACAAUCUGCGGUACAUUUUCGGAGGCUGCCACUCAAAGUGCCUUUGUAUCCCUCGCAAACUGUCAGCGCCAGUCGGACACCACAAUCAAUGCUGUGCUCUUGCACUGCAGUCAACUCCUUCGGUGAACAGAAUCACUCUCUCCAACUAAGCACUCCAACACGACAUCCUCAAUGGCCCCCCAGUCCCUGCCUCAAGGGCCAUCUGGGCCAAGCACCAACAAAUCUGAUCUCACUGAGGUUCAUCCAGCAGCAACAAAAGCAGGAUGUAGUCCUGGUCAGGCUCCGAGUCUUCCACUGCCUUCGGAGUU